AUUUUUCUGAACUUGUAAGAAAAGAUUUGAAGACCCAAAUCAAAGCGGUUGAGGAGCUUUGCUCUGCGUAAUGCGAGUGCCAAUAGCUCUCCAGGAUGCCUGUUUGGUCUGCAUUAAGAUGUAGGUAGGUCCCCUUUAUUAUUUGAUUAACCCACCUUGUCGCCAUAAAUGACAGUCAAAACUGCUCUCAUCCUCGUCUCCCCAAAUCUUCUCAAAGAGAACUGAAUCCUUCGCUCUCACACUGUUGUAAUUAAUAAACACUCUCUGCAGCCCGCUUCUUUCGCACCUUAUUAUGUCAGAGAGCUGCAACUCUCGCCACUUCUCAUGGCUCAUGAAAUCCUGCUUUCCCAACCCUAAAUACACUUCUCCCGACUCCUUUUCUCAUCCCCAUUCCCACAUUCGUCUUCCCCUCAACGUCGCCGAUCACUGCUCCCUCCCCACUACUGUUUCCUCUCUUCCCAAUGAUCUUCUUCUUGAAUGCCUCUCCCGUGUCCCUCCCUCUUCUCUCCCUGCUCUCUCUCUUGUUUGCCUCCGCUGGGCCCGCCUCCUCCAGUCCCCUUACUUCUUCGAUCUCCGCCGACGCCUCGGUCGCCUCGAGAAUUUCGUGUUUGCCGUCUCUGCCACUGAUUCCGGCCUUUACGCCGCUAGUCUUCGCUUCCAUGACGAUGCCGAUGCUCUCUGGAAGGUCGCUUUCUUCCUACCCAACGACGCCGUUUCUCUCGGGAGUUUCCAUGGCUUGCUUUCCCACGCGCGGCUGUCCGCUGUCGGCCAUAGAAUCUUCAUAAUCGGUCGGAACUCGAUGGUGCGGUACGACACGUGGUCGGGGACUGUUGUAGCCAGAUCGGCGAUGAUUUUCCCUAGGAAGAAGUUCGCUACGGCCGUCGUUUCGGGGAAAAUAUACGCCGCUGGAGGUGGUCCAAGGACCAGCGCAGUGGAGGAAUACGAUCCCGACUCCGACACGUGGCGCGUGGUUGCGCACGCCCCGAGGAAGCGGUACGGUUGCAUUGGGGCCUCCGUGGACGGCGUCUUCUACGUGAUCGGUGGGCUCAAGAUCGGCGCUUCCGUGGACGAGCCCUCGCGAGCCGCCAACGCGGAGGCUCACGUAUACGCUAGCUCGAUGGACUUGUAUGACGUGGAGGCGCGUACGUGGUUGAGAAGUCGAGCCGUCCCCGGUGGCGGCUGCGUAGUGGCAGCUUGCGCUGCCGCCGGGCACGUGUAUGUUCUCGCAAGCCAUGCCGUGGAGCUCUCGUUCUGGAGAUUCGACGCGCGAAGAAGAACCACUAGUAAUAGCAACAACGGAAGCAGCGUUAACAGUGGAUUUGGGGAGUGGUGCAGGUUAAAGAGCCCUCCUCUCCUGGCGCAGGUUAGGCUGGACUGCACCGUGAGGUUCAGCUGCGUAGGAGUGGGAGUAAAGGUGGUGCUUGUUCAAGUCACGGGCUGUAUCGACGACCUAUUGAGGCGGAGCGGGAGGGGACUUAGAGGUUUGAGAGAAGGGCUGGUGUUGCUCUACGAUUCCGCUGGCGGAGACUGGAGCAGAGGGGCGGAUCUUCCGGAGGUGAUUCGACACGCCACCUGUGUGUCUGUGGAGUGCUAAGUUACGCUUUCCCCAUCCGCGCAUGUUAGGGAGUUCGCAAGCCUGAGCGCACGUGAUUGUCGUUGCGCACGCGUUUGCUUAAAGCGAGGAAAAGCGUUGUUUUGGGCGUUUUAUUUAAUAAAAGAGAGGAAAAGGUUGUAGAUUGGGUUAUUAAGAAGGGGAAGUGUCGUUGUUGCUACUUGCCGGUGCCUCCCCCGGAAAAUAGCACGUAAUUAUGGCAUGCAUGCAGUGAAAGAGCUGCCAAAUCCGCUGGACUUGCCAAGGAAAAUUAUACCAUAAUGCUGUACUUGGACCUUGAUUCACUCGACAGCGUCCGUCAAUUUUCGGAUUACUUCAGACGGUCAGGCUGGCCACUUGAUGUGUUAGUCUGCAAUGAAGUCGUUUAUUUGCCAACUGCUCAAGAGCCUACAUUUACUGCUGAAGGGUUUAUGUUUAGUGAUGUUUGCACUAACCACCUCGGUCACUUCCUUCUCUCAGGUUUGCUGCUUGAGGACUUGCAGAAAUCUGACCCAAUCAAGGCCUCUCAUCGUUGUGGGAUCAAUUACUGUUAUUCAUUCCUUCCGAGUUAUACUCUUUUUAUCUGUGAAUACUUCAGUUCAGCUAGCUUGUCCCAUUGAAAUAAAUCCAACACUCGAGAGGCUGUGUUGUAGACGUAUAUGAUUCUUAUGAAGAUGACUUCUUUUGCGA